AUGAACAAUUCUCCAAGUGAAAAACUUAGAAAACGAAGCCGCAGUCGCUCGAAAUCCAAAGAACCUCCAGAAAAAAAGAUGAUGAUAACUCCUUUGGAUAAAAAUGUGAAUGAAGAUUUUUACUCCACUCAAAAUGGAGAUAAAUUGGAUGGAGAUAUCACUCUUGGAAAACAAGCACCCAGCCCAGAAGAACGAACUCGUUGGAGAAAAUACCGGAGAAGAUUGAAAAGAUCGGGGAAAGAUAAAGCUCAGAAAAGAAAGCUUUCGAGACUCAUGAAAGAGCGAUUCAAAUUUAGAAGGAAGAGAAAAAACACAAAGAAAAGUCGGUCCAAGCCAAGGAGAAAGGGAAGAGGCAGAAGUCCAUCCAAGAAAAGACGUGUAACAAAGAGAAGACGCAUCCAAAGGAAAGGUAGAAGUAAGAAAAGAACAUCACGGCCGUAA